CACACAACAAAGCAAGCCACCCAGCCAGCACGACCAACAACAGCAGUCACACAACACGCAAGCAAAGAAACAACCUUCCUCCCUCCUCGCCACAGCCAUGCGAGGAAGGCCACCACCAGCAACAACGGCAACCAUGGCUGUGGUCAUGGUAUUGUGUGCGGUGAUCGUUAGCACGAUGGCCAUGCACGCAACUCCAGCAACCGCAGCGUCACGAGACAACCAGCUGUGCUCGGACGUGCACGGGACACUGGAGAGCAUGGUGCGUGUGCUGAAGGUGCACGAUGUGCCAUUUUACCCCAGGCACACUGUGCGCAACACGGACGACAGCACGCCUGCAAACACAACGACGCACAAAGACGCACGGCUUCCUUUGCUGGUUGACCUGUCUCCGAUUCACCGCAUGAUGGCUGCGUUUGGGUGUGGCGAUCAAGAGGACGAGAAGACGGACAAGCAGACUGAUGAGAGCUUGCCUGCAAGGACUGGCACAGAGCAACACGAGACGACACCAUCAGUGUCAUCGACACCAUCAGCAUUCACGCCUUUGGAAGAGAGGGUGAACGCUAUCCGCAACGCGACAGGCAAAUUAUCCCUUCAGCAACCACAACAGCAGCAGAGGCGAGUGCGACGGAACGACGACCCUGUCAUACGCGCAGGGCAAUGCACGCUGGUGAGCGUGGUUGAUGGCACGUGCCCGAGUGCGGAUAAUCGGGGGAGGCUCACCAUCAUUGUGCGCGAGGGUGAUCACGUGGAUGACAGCACGGAUGCAAGCAGGCUGCGUGCCAUUUCCACCUUUGUUUUCGAGCUGACCGUGAGUGGGCACGUCGAAGAAGCACCGCUGCAGUGGAUUGUGAACAAUGGCGUGUGGGCCGGCUGCCGCUCAUUCUCGGUCAUUGGUGUGCAGUUUCCGACCUUUCAGUUGAGCAUCCUCAACCCGAUGACAAGCGUGAACACGAUCGUUAUCCGCGACAGUCUGCUGUUAUGGGAAGUGAGCACAAGCGAGUUUCAAAACAGCCAGAGAAUUGCGGCACUUCAUGUUAUCGAUUGCUCGCUGACAUCCGUUCCAGACGUUUCGAGCAUGAUAUCGCUUCGGGUGAUCAACUUGCCCCAGAACCGCAUCCGUCGCAUCAACAAUGGCACUUUUCAAGGACUGGCAUUAAUUCAACAGCUUGCCCUGAGUGAGAACAUCAUUUCCGAGAUCGAGUCGCGAGCGUUUGAUGACCUCACUGCCCUGAAUAGGUUGCUCCUUUUCGGCAACGACAUCAGCGCCAUCCCCUCCGGCUUGUUCCAUCGUCUCACGAGCCUUACCACGUUGCAGCUGCAGCAGAACCCAAUCACGAAGCUUGACGCCGAUGUAUUCGCGCAGCUGACCAUGCUGGAGCGGUUCACCCUCGAGCGCACGCUCCUCACCGAAUUACCAGCCACACUGUUCCGAAACACCACCCGUCUUGUUCGCCUGGAAUUGGCAAUUAACUUCAUCAGGUCCCUAGAUGAGACAGUCUUCUCUGGCCUGUCGUCGUUGGAUCACUUGCAGAUUUUCGAGAACCGAUUGACGUCCCUGCCGCCAGGCGUGUUCAAGGACUUGACGGCGUUGACGUUUCUGGAUGUGCGUCAAAAUGGUUUUACUUCUUUUCCAGAAGGACUUCUCGAGACAUGUACGCGUCUACAAAUUUUUGGGGCUGAGGGUAACCGCUUUCAAACACUCCCAACAUUCAUAUUCGCGAAUACUACGAUGUUGAAGCGCCUGACCUUGACAGGCAAUGCCCUUCGCUCCAUCGACAACGUGCUUGAAAUGGCACAGCUGUCUUCUCUUCGGUUCCUUGAUGUCGGGAACAACCAACUUACACGUCUGCAGCUCACCAGAACACUGCCCUCCCUGACCCUUCUCGGCCUUGACGACAAUCCGAUGCAGGAGCUGCCAGAUGUCACGCUCACGCCUUCCCUUGAAACCCUCCGGCUGCAAAACCACGGAAUCAAACAUAUGGACUUGGCGCCACUGCUCCGUCUGCCCAGCCUCGAGGUGCUCGAGCUUGAUGCUCUCCCCCAAGCGAAUUCCAGGGUAGUUUUAACUGACACUAACAUUGCCGACAUUGCGCCGUUGUCAACCCUGAGUCUGGAGAAUGUGGACGUCAGUGCUGCGGUCCCAUCAUUCAAGCACCUUCCACCGCUAAGUCUCAAUGUGCUGCACGUGGGCUGGCCGGGCGCCAUGAACCGCACGCUGCCAAUCACUGAGGUGUGCAGAAUGCUGAAGAACAGUGUGCGUGAGCUGCGCAUCGCCAACACGAACUACAGAGUGAUCGAGCUGUGCCCGGACAAGACGUUCGAGUCACUGCUUCUCAACGACAACAGGCAUCUACGAUCUGUUACCGUCCACAACCCGCUGCAGGAGCUUAAUGUGUCAGGCUGCACUCAGCUCACUUCCAUCGACGCGCCUCCAAUCGACAUCCUCGACAUCAGCAACACCAAAUUCCCGCCAACGGGCGCACUGUGCACGCGGUGGGGACGACGGGUCCUCUUCGCCCGUAAUUUGAAUGAGAAGGCCUUCCGCUCUGAGCAGGCUGUUGGUCCGCUCACAAACUGCAUUCAGCAAGUGGAUGUGCUGGAUCUCUCGGGCAACGCCUGGCUUAACAAUCCAGCAGAGAUCAACCGCGUGGCGGAGAGAAGAGUUGUCAUGUCCGACGAAGAGUUCUGGACAGCCGAUCUUCUGACUGAUGCUCCCAUCGACUGCGCACUCCAGCUUUCCAACCAGGACUUGCGCCCUCGCACCGAUACAUCCGUGUUGACCACAGAGAUUGUGUUUUCCUUCCGCUGCGUCUGUGCACAGGGUCACCACCUGAGUGGCGAGGAGUGUGUGGAGGAUGUCGUGCCCUUGGCAGCCAUCGUGGCGGGCUCCGUAUUCGCUGUCCUUGCACUUUCGAUCCCGUUGCUGGUCUGGCUCUACCGCCGCUACUGGCGCUCCCACAAGAGCGACAGCCUGCACCAGCAGCUGUUGAACAGGGAGAGGGAGGAGGUGCAGGCGCUGAAGCGGGCGUGGGUGAUUGAGUACGAUGAGCUGAGGAUGAUCAAGCGUGUUGCUGCGGGUGCUUAUGGCGUGGUGUUUAAGGCCGAGUGGGACACGGUGACGGUGGCGGUGAAGGUGCUGCAGCGCACGCUCUCCCCUGAUGAUGAAGCAACAGCAACCGACUUUGGCAACGAGGUGGAGUUCCUGCAACGGACACGGCACCCGAACGUGGUGCGGUUCUUUGGUGCUGGCGUGAACACGAACGGCAGCCCGUUCCUGGUGCUGGAGUUUGUGUCGUUGGGGUCGCUCAAGGACCUGUUGGAGCGAGACAUGGACGCAGUGCUGCAUGAGGUGCGGGCUCAGGUGCUCGAAGCCGGCGAUGACGAUGAUGACGACGAUGACGAUGGUGAUGGCGAGAAGAACAAGCUGCUCACCGCUGACCUGUGUGAGGAAUUGACACUUGUGAGCACAUCGCUUCAGAGCCACCGCACCAGCUUGGAGCUUGAUGAGAUGAUGAGUGUGUGGGACUUGAAGUUGCAGCUGCUUCGUGACGUUGCCAACGGCAUGGCGUUCAUCCACAGCCUCGACCAGAUGCACCGCGAUCUGAAGAGCGGCAACGUGCUGGUGUCCUCGCGGCUGCGGGCGAAGAUCACGGACUUUGGAUCCAUUCGCGAGUGUCUCGAGCGAGGAACGGACGGCAACGAUGAUGAUCGUGAUGACAUGGAGGAUGGCAACAGGGGCGAUGGCACUGUAACGACGUCGUUUGGUGGUGGUGGACGCGGUGACAUGACGAUGGGUGUUGGCACGCCCAUGUACAUGGCGCCAGAAGCGCUGCUGACCAAGACGUACAACGCCAAGGCAGACGUGUUCAGCUUUGGCGUGCUCAUGUGGGAGGUGGCGACGCAGCGGGAGCCAGACUUGAUUGCACAGGAGAAGCCCAAGUAUCGCGGGCCACCGCGGCCCAUGCAGACGACGCUGCUGCAGGAGGGCAAGCGCCUCCGCUUCGAGGACUUUGACGGCCAGCCGCUCGCUGUUGCCGAGUGGUACAAAGAGCUGGCGUACACGUGCAUGGCAGACAACCCAGCCCACCGUCCAAGCUUCGAAGAGCUCAAAAACAAACGCCUGGCCGAACAGCAGGCCGUAUGACUUGCGACUGCUUGAUAGCGUGUGUGUGUGUGGGUGCGUGUGUGUGUGUGUGUGUGUGUGUGUGUG